UUAUAAACAUAACCAAUAUUAAACUGUUAAUGUCUGGUUAAUAACACUAAUUUGUUUAUAAUUAAUGUAUUUGUUUAUAACGCUGUUUGAAGGCUGCAGUGACACCGUCUACCUGAAGGGGGCAGCGUUACAUGGCUGGUUACCGUUAUAUAUAAAAGCCGCAGAAGAAGAAAUCUCCCGCCCCUCCGCUGUUUUAAACCGCGGCGGGAACCUGCGGCUCGGUCACUGCUGCGUGAGCUGCGUGAGCUGCGUGUCCAAGCUCCUUCAGGCUCCUUUGACUGUUCAGGUCUGCCAGCAUGCUGUUGCAGCUUCUGCACCCCGGAAGUCUCUGGGCUCCAGUUCAGCCAACUCCUCUUCCUCCUCCAGCAGCCAGUGUGCCACACCUGCAAAGGGCAAAUAUGCCGGUGGUAAUCCGGUGUGUCCUCGUCCCACGCCGACCUGGCAGAAAGGCAUCGGCGACUUCUUCGGCGGUCCCCCGAGGAAGCCCGAGAAGGAGAACCAGAAGCCCCACGAGGUGGAGGAUGAUGAAGAGGCUGGAGGCAGCGGGAUGUCUAAGGCCAGCAGGAAAUCCAGACCGCUGCCUGCUGAGGACGAGGAUGACGACUGAAGACCACGGGUCCGUCUGAAGACCACGGGUCCGUCUGAAUGUGAAUCUUUGUUGCUCGUGUCUCCUCAUUUUAAUGUACAUCUGUAUAUAUUUCUGAUGGAAUUCACUUUGUAUAGUUCAUUAAACUUUUAUGUUUUUAACCUGCA